CACUUCUGGUCAUUUCACCAAACGUCGUUACUCUAGCCCAUGAAUUUUACACCAACUUAAGUCUCACAAGUCUUGUCAGUUAUCAUUUAACAUAGUUUUUAAAUAAAAAAUCAUCGUAAGCCAAAGUAUUAUGGAAAAUAACGAAAUGUGAUAAGUCAUUGAAUCGUCAACAAAAAAAAUCUUUUCAUUAUGAGUGUUUGGCCUGUAUAUUACGGUACCAUUGUUAACGUUGAUACAAUAGCAUAGUAGCACAGUAAUACCAAAAGAAGACCUUCAAAAUAAAUGAGAACUUCCUUUGGCGACUGAGGAACCAUGAAGAAAAUGUUUUUCCAGUUUGAGUGCAUCCAGUCAUUAAGUGAUAGAUCGUUGUACUUGGAGAUAUGAAACGAGAAAAAUAACUCAAACCAAAAUGGCCUUUAUAAAUGUUGCUGAAUGGACUCCACAAAAUGUUGUCAGUUGGCUACAAGGUCUGGAAGACUCUAUAUUACCGUAUGUUGCCUUUUUCUUGAACAAUAAUAUAAAUGGUUGCCGGUUAUUACUUCUUUCAUGUGAUGAUUUGGAAAAUUUAAAUGUAACCAAAGUUGGCCAUCAAGAGAUUAUAUUAGAAGCAGUUGAACUAUUGAAACAUCUACAUUACAAUUUUUGCUCCGAGACACUGCAAAUGUUAUCACUUCGUUUAGGAUGUAAAGCUCGAAGUUUAUUUAAUAUAUUGAAACGUGAAACUGAUGAAGAAGAAAAAUAUCGUGAUCGUGUAACAACAAAAACAUUAUCUGGUGUUUGUGAUAUAUUAACAUCAGUUAAACUGUUUGUAUCCUGGAUUGAUAGAUAUCCAUUUGGAGGUCAAGAAGAAUAUAUAUCAAUUCGUAAAGAAAUAUUAAAACUAAGCAUUGAAUUAGCAUCAACAGCUCAGCGUGAUCAAUUUGUGGAAAAGCCAAAUGAGGUUAUUAAAGAAAACUGUGCCAUUUUCGCUGAAACAUGUGAUAAAAUUGUUCAAGAUCUCAAUGAUCCACUUGCUAUACAACCAGCAUACUUGGAAGUAAUCACUAUAAAAAAGAAAAAUGGUGAAGAUAUUUUUUCUGGUGUACAUUUUUCAUCAUCUUAUUCUGGUAUUCAUAUUGUUGAGAGAAUAGAGCGUUCAUCUAUUUUUUAUAGAGGCCGUAUUGAAGAAGGUGAUGAAAUUGUGCAAAUAAAUUAUCAAACUGUGGUUGGUUGGCAUUUAAAGAAGAUGUUGAAUGUUAUCAAAGAAUUUUCAACAGAAAUUGCUAUAACAUUAAAGAAAAGACCUCUUCACAGUAACCAAAUAACUGUUUUAAAACAAUUUAAAAUCGUUAAUCGUAAAUUAAAAUCUGGUAGUCGUUAUAGAAAUGCGUCAACAACAACUGGACACUCUGAUAAUGAUAGUGAUAAUGGAAGUAUAAAGGAAAGAUCAACUGUACCAGAGAAUCCAAUUAAUACGAUUAUACAACCAAGACGCCCUCGUAUCGUAAGACGAAGGUCUAGUAUAAGUGGAUCGUCACCUACCGCUAAAAAUCCACCAACAAGGAUAGAAGAUGUUUAUAAUAGACGAGAUAUGAUUUUAUCGAGAACUGUUUCACAUGAUGAUGGUAAAAAUUCACUAAUUUCUGGUAAAUCCAAAAUUUCUCCUGGAACAUCAUGUGAAAGUUGUUGUUCAAAAAAUAGCGGGAAUUCAAUACCUCCACGUAAAUCAUUAUCUUCAUCACAAGUUCCAUAUGCAAAAGUCCAUCCAUUAUUGAAUCGUGAAUCAAAUUUUUUUAUUCCUAAACCUCCAAGUCCACAUUAUGUUACACCGCCACCGCUUCCUCCACAACCUAAACAUCUAAUUCAACAGCAUCAACAAACACAACAACAAACGCAACAGCAACCAUCACAACAAAAAACGCAACAACAACAAUCUCAAAGUAGCCAAGUUAAUCAAAGCCAAAAUGUUCAACGGUCACAAAAUCAACAACCUAAAAUAAAGUCGACUAUAAAAUUAACAAGUUAUGAUAUGGAGAAUGAUCCAGAAUUUCAUGAAUAUCAACCACCUCCAUCUCCAAAAUUACCGCCAUCACCACCUAAAACUCCGACAUCAACUAAAUCAGUUCCACCACCAGCACCAGCACCUAGACAGAGAGUAAUCGAUGAUCUUCUUAGGAAUGUUACUCUACCCCGACGAAAAUCAAUUGAAGGAAAUAAUGAUGGACCAAAGCCAUUUACAAAUAAAAACAAUUCAUCAACUAAUAUAACUAAUCGACCUCAACCACCACUUCCAAGAGUUAUUGGUGUUGCUCGAUCAACUCAACCUUUUAAUAGAGAUAACAAAUCUCAGCAAUUAUCUUCAUACAGUGAUUCUAGUGCCGAUUCUUUAAAAUCAAUUGAAAGUGAUGGUGGAGAUGCAUCAAACGAUAGACAAAAGACUAAACCAGCCAUACCUCCAAAAUCUCAUAGGAUCCAAUCACGAUCUAUUUUUGAUCAAUAAUUACAUAAUUGAUUCUUGCAGAUUUCCCAUCACUAUUCCCUACAUUGCAUUUUAGGAAUUUAUUCAAGAAUUUUCAUUGUAAAAUUGAACAAUACGCCUCAACUUAAAAUGCAUUUGUUUCGUUUAAUUCAAACAUUUGACUUUAAUUUUGAUUAAUUAAACUGUGUAAAUAUUAGAUGAAUUAAA